UCCCUCCCUAGGGCUCUGCCCUGUUUUGUCUCCAGCCCUCCCAGUUUGCCAGGGGGACACCACAUUCAGCUGGUAUCUCUUACAAGGAUGAUCAGCUUCAACUUCCAGCCCAUGGCCAAACUGUGAGCAAGGGGAUGCCAGACUGUCUCCAUCCCUCACCCAGGUAUCCCUGGGACAGAAACCAGCCCACCUGCACUAGGGUCAAGAGUGCAGGGAUCCUCCUCCUGCUGACAUGCCUUUGGGGCUUUGCAAGCUCAGCUUCUCCACACACAGUUCAGGUUCGCCUGGUGAAUGGCCCCAGCCACUGUGCUGGGCGAGUCGAGGUGCUCCACAAUGAGACGUGGGGGACCGUGUGUGACGACAGCUGGGGUUUCUCUGAGGGCCAGGUGGUGUGCAGGCAGCUGGGCUGCGGGACAGUGCUGUCCACCUCACGAGAGGCCCGGUACGGAGAAGGCACGGGUCAAAUCUGGCUGGACGAGGUGAACUGCACAGGGACAGAAGCUGACCUCUCUGAAUGCCAGGCCAGGCCAUGGGGAGAGCACAACUGUCACCAUGUGGAAGAUGCCAGCGUUGAGUGCUCAGACUCAAGUAUUUCAGAGCUGGGUCCACUCCAACUGCUGAACGGACCUAAUCGCUGUGCUGGAAGAGUGGAGGUGCUGCAUAACCACAUGUGGGGCACCAUUUGUGAUGAUGGCUGGGACCUCGCAGAUGCAGCAGUGGUGUGCAGGCAGCUGGGCUGCGGGACCGCACUUUCAGCCACGAGCGGGGCUUACUUUGGGAGAGGCGAUGAUACCAUCUGGCUAGAUGAGGUGAACUGCACUGGCACAGAGGCCACAAUCUUUGAAUGCAAGGCCAGUGCUUGGGGAGACAACAACUGCUACCAUGGAGAGGAUGCUGGAGUGAUAUGUUCAGCCUCAGAGAUGUUUGUCGCAGCCAAGGUUCGUCUCGUGAAUGGUUCAAGUCACUGCAAUGGAAGGGUCGAGGUCUUUCACAAUGACACGUGGGUAGCUGUAUGUGAUGACGGCUGGGAUUUUGCUGAAGCUCGAGUUGUGUGCAGGCAGCUGGGCUGUGGGGCAGCGCUGGCAGCUCCAGGCAGGUCCCAUUUUGGAGAAGGACCUGGACAAAUGUGGCCAGAUACUGUGAACUGCAUGGGCACAGAAACUGCCCUCACUGCAUGCCAGAUGAGACCUUGGGGAAACGACACUUGUCAUCAAGGAAGAGCGGCUGGUGUGGUGUGUUCAGCUAAGCCAGGUGACAAUCUGAUUCGACUGGUGAAUUAUGGGAGUCGCUGUGCUGGCAGAGUCGAAGUUUUUCAUAACAACCAUUGGGGAACCGUGUGUGACGACAGCUGGGAUUUACUGGAUGCUGGCGUCGUGUGCAGGCAGCUGGACUGUGGGAUGGCACUCUCAGCCCCAGGAGGGGCCCAGUUUGGGCGAGGGACUAACAUCAUUUGGCUGGAUGAGACAAACUGCACAGGAUUUGAGACCACUCUGUCUGAGUGCAAGGCAAAACCGUGGGGAAUAAAUAAUUGCUACCAUGGGGAAGAUGCUGGUGUGGUGUGCUCAGAUUCUAUCAUUCCAGAGACUGCUCAUCUCCGACUGACAAAUGGCUCAAAUCGCUGUGCUGGCAGAGUCGAGGUGUUUCACAAUGAUGAGUGGGGAACUGUGUGUGACCGUGAAUGGGACAAACGGGAUGCUGAGGUCGUGUGUCGGCAGCUGGGCUGUGGGACAGUGCUGUCCACCUCGAGUGCAGCUCACUUCGGUGCAGGACCUCUCCGUACCUGGCUGGACAACGUGAGCUGCACAGGGACAGAAACAGCCCUUAAUAAAUGCAGGGCAAGGCCAUGGGGAGAGAGUAGCUGCAGUCAUGGAAAAUACGCCACUGUGGUGUGUUCAGGCUCGGCUGUUUCUAGCUUUGCUCCAGUCCGGUUGGUAGACGGCCCAGGUCGCUGCGCUGGGAGAGUCGAAGUGCUUCAUAACAAGCAGUGGGGAACUGUGUGUGAUGACAACUGGGAUUUCCUGGAUGCUGGAGUGGUGUGCAGGCAGCUUGACUGUGGGGUGGCGAUAUCAGCUCCCUGGAGGGCUCACUUCGGUCAGGGACAGGGCCCCAUCUGGCUGGAUGAGGUGAAUUGCACAGGGACAGAAGCUGCCCUCUCUGAAUGCAAGGACAAGGACUGGGGAGUCCAUGGCUGUGAGCAUGGAGAAGAUGCCAGUGUGGUGUGCUCAGGAUCAGGCAUUUCUGACCUAGCAAUUCUCCGCUUGGUGAAUGGCUCAACUGAAUGUUCGGGGAGAGUCGAAGUGUUUCAUGACCAGCGCUGGGGAGCUGUGUGUGGUGAUGGCUGGGACCUGGCUGAAGCCCAUGUGGUGUGCAGGCAGCUGGGCUGUGGGCCGGCACGCUCAGUCGCACACUCUUCCCAGUUUGGAAAAGAACCUUCCCUGAUCUGGGUGGAUGCUGUGGAGUGCACAGGACUGGAAGGUGCCCUCUUCGAAUGCAAGGUCAAACUCUGGGGUGCCCAGAGCUGCAAGUCUAAUGGAUACGCGAGUGUUGUGUGCUCUAUGGCUGCAGACUCAGAGCUGGGGAGCUCAGAAGUCCUGCGGCUGGUGAAUGGCCCGCAUAAGUGUUCCGGGAGGGUUGAGGUGUUUCACAACCAGCAGUGGGGGACUGUGUGUGACGACAGCUGGGAUCUGAAUGAUGCCAAAGUGGUGUGUAAGCAGCUGGACUGUGGGACGGCUGUAUCAGCCGCAGGUUCAUCUCUGUUUGGGCAAGGAUCUGGACCCAUCUGGCUGGAUGGAGUGAGUUGUCUUGGAACAGAAGCCACCCUCUCUGAAUGCCCAGCCAAGCCUUUGGGCCAACAUGGAUGUAACCAUGGGGAAGAUGCCAGCGUUAUGUGCUCAGGAGCAGGAAUUUCCAGUACUCCUAUGCUUCGGCUGGUGGGUGGUUUGAAUGAGUGUGCUGGGAGAGUUGAGGUGUUUUAUAACCAUGAGUGGGGGACGGUCUGUGAUGAUAGCUGGGAUAUGAAUGAUGCCAUGGUGGUGUGUCGGCAGCUGGGCUGUGGGAUGGCACUCUCAGCCCCAGGUUCGGCUCGUUUUGGAUGGGGAUCCAGCCGUAUCUGGCUGGAUGAUGUGAGCUGCACAGGAACAGAAACAGACUUCUCUGAAUGCAAAGCAAAGUCUUGGGGCAUCCACAAUUGCCAUCAUGGAGAAGACGCAGGUGUGGUGUGCUCAGGAAACAGGAGCUCAGCUGACCUGCGGCUAGUGAAUGGCCCGAAUCGCUGUGCCGGGAGAGUGGAGGUGCUUCAUGAUCAGCAGUGGGGGACCUUGUGUGAUGAUGGCUGGGACCUAAAUGAUGCCACGGUGGUGUGCCGGCAGCUGGGCUGCGGGAGGGCUGACUCAGCCCCUGGUAGAUCUCGCUUUGGGCAAGGCUCAGGACCCAUCUGGCUGGAUGACGUGAACUGUUUUGGGACGGAAGACGCCCUCUCCCAGUGCAAGGCCCUCCCGUGGGGACAAAACAACUGCAACCAUAGAGAAGAUGCUGGUGUGGUGUGCUUAGAUCCACACUCCUCAAGCACAGCUGACCUGCGGCUGGUGAACGGCCCAAAUCGCUGCUCCGGGAGGGUGGAGGUGUUUCAUGACCACCGGUGGGGGACCGUGUGUGAUGAUGGCUGGGAUCUGAAUGAUGCCAUGGUAGUGUGCCAGCAGCUGGGCUGUGGCACAGCGAUCUCAGCUCCCGGCCGGGCUUACUUUGGCCAAGGACAAGACCCUAUCUGGCUGGAUAGAGUGGCCUGUGCAGGGACAGAAACUGCCCUCUCUGAAUGCUGGAAAAAGCCAUGGGGACAGCAUAGCUGCAGCCAUGUGGAAGAUGCCAGUGUGGUGUGCUCAGUGCUUUCUGAUUCAGGUACUACAAAUGUGACAACUCUCCGACUGGUGAAUGGCCCACAUCGCUGUGCUGGGAGAGUCGAGAUAUUUCACAACCAGCGGUGGGGAACUGUGUGUGAUGACGGCUGGGACUUAAAUGAUGCCACAGUGGUGUGCCGGCAGCUGGGCUGUGGGAGAGUGCUAUCGGCCCCAACACAGGCUCCCUUUGGACAAGGGUCUGACCCCAUCUGGCUGGACAGAGUUAGUUGCACUGGGAGGGAAAAUGCCCUCACCGAGUGCAGGGCCAGACCCUGGGGCUUCAAUAGCUGCAGUCAUGAAGAAGAUGCUGGUGUUAUGUGCUCAGACCCAAAUGUUGCAGUGCAGGCAGAGGUCCGCCUGGUAAACGGCCUGAAUCGCUGUGCCGGGAGAGUGGAGGUGCUUCAUGAUCAGCAGUGGGGGACCGUGUGUGAUGAUGGCUGGGACCUAAAUGAUGCCACGGUGGUGUGCCGGCAGCUGGGCUGCGGAAGGGCUGACUCAGCCCCUGGUAGAUCUCACUUUGGGCAAGGCUCAGGACCCAUCUGGCUGGAUGACGUGAACUGUUUUGGGAUGGAAGACGCCCUCUCCCAGUGCAGGGCCCGCCCGUGGGGACAAAACAACUGCAACCAUGGAGAAGAUGCUGGUGUGGUGUGCUCAGACUCAAAUGUCAUAGUGGAAGCACAGGUCCGCCUGGUGAAAGGCCCGAAUCGCUGUGCUGGGAGAGUGGAGGUGCUUCACGACCAGCAGUGGGGGACCGUGUGUGAUGACAGCUGGGAUUUAAAGAAUGCCAAGGUGGUGUGCCGGCAGCUAGGCUGCGGGACAGCUGUAUCAGCCCCCAGGAAUGCUCACUUUGGACAAGGGUCUGACCCCAUCUGGCUAGAUAAUGUGGACUGCAAAGGUACCGAAGCCACUCUCUCCCAGUGCCACCUGAAAGGCUGGGGACUCCACGACUGCAACCAUGAGGAAGAUGCUGGAGUCGUGUGCUUGGGCACCUACCCCUUGCAGCUGAGGUUAAAGGAUGGCCCAGGCCCCUGCACAGGGCGUGUGGAGGUGCUGUACAAUGCUACCUGGUAUGGUGUGUGUGAUACCAGUUGGAGCUUAUCGGAAGCAGAGGUUGUCUGCAGGCAGCUGGGCUGUGGGCCAGCACAGUCUGCAACCACUGGAGCUCAGUUUGGCCAGGAGAAUGGCCAAGCAUUACUGGAAGAGCUGAGCUGCAGGGGCACAGAGUCACUCCUCUUGGAGUGCCAGCAGAGCAAGAUGGGUCCAGGGCUCUGCAGGGGUGGCUCUGCAGCUGGUGUGGUGUGCACUGAGCCAAAAGACUCUUCACAGUCCUGCUCCCUGCUGAUAGCGCUGCUUGUUCUCACAAUGAUUCUAAGUGGGGUCCUGCUGUGGCUGUACCUGAGGAGAAGGUGUAUUAAAACAGCAGCCCAAGCUUCAGAUCACUGGCGCGUGAGGGACCUGGGUACUUCAGUGAUGCCCUUCCAAUCUAUGGGAGCCAUCUACCUUCCUACAAAGGCUGAAUCCCCCGAGGACCCCAACAAUGAGAUGGCUGAACUCAUGAAGGAAGAUGCUGCCCUGUGAUACCAGCACGAUUCCUGUGCAGAGUGCUCCCUGUGGUACUGUCACCUCACGUUGCCAGGGUCACCAGCAAGGCUCAUUCCUCAGAGAUUGCAGGGGCCUCUCACUCCUCCCUUUUCCCAUGCACAUCUGCAUUCAGUGCAAGUCUUGGCUCCCUUAGGGAGCCCUCUCUUCCCCCCAAGUACCUGUAGACUUGCAACAUGGUAGGAACUAGAUUUUAUGAAGCAGGGAGUGCUAAUGCAGAAAGAUGAAGUGCUCUCCAGGAGACUGUGAAACAGCAGCUGUAAGGCCUGGACAUUUAUAAACAAGCCAGUACCAAUGACUCACACUCAAAAGUCCCAAAAUAGCUGGCUAAGGUGAUCCCAGUCUUCUGAUGUUUACUUAAGCCACUCUGGCACCUUCUGUGCAGCUCCAGGAGUUCAAAAGAAGCCCAAGGGUAUGCUGGCAUGUGCAAGACUGAGCAGGACAGCCUGAACAAUGUAGCGGAAAAGUUAACAAGAACUGCUAACAAAUUAAAGGAGGAGAGUGUCCCCAGACUUCUCCCAGUGUGAUGAACAUAAAUGCCGUGGGGAAGAUGAGCUGCCUUUGUGAGCCUCUGCUGUAGAGCCAGUAAGCACUGCCUGGCCUCUCCUGUCCCUGGGAGGUGGCAGGUGGCUUCCUUGGCUUCUGCGGAUACAGGCAGGCUCCCCAUCUCUCGAGCCUCAGGCACCAGUUUUGCAGAGCAAUUACUGUGCCACCCUCAGUGCUCAGCUGCUUUUCCUGGAGUACCAGGCACCGCACUUCAGGGUGGUUAGAGGCCACAUGUGCUUGUUUUUGCCCAUGUCCCACCCCAUGACCCUCCCUCGUGAACACAACCUUGUGAACAUCCCAUGAUGGUGUGGUGCCAGUGCAUUCGCACACAAUCUGUUGCACUCUGGUAGCUUGUGGUUCUCAGGGGGUAUCCCACGCCCCAAACUGUCCCAGUGCAGAGAUGUCCUGCUUUCAGUCCCACAGCAGACUGUGGGGUCUGACAGGCUCAAAAACACCCUUCUCAGGUUGGUGCUGAUGGCUGUGAUCUGAAGGCACAGGUGAUCAGAAGGAGGUAUGAGGAUUGCUGAGGUGCAGGGAGAACAGCCAGGGCUUGCAGGUGCUGGCGCUCCAAAACCACCCACCAGUGCCAAGAGCUCAGCUGCAGCGGAGCUGGGUGAGCCAAGCUGCACCCACAGCCCUGGCAUAGACUCAUCCUGUGGUGCACCACAAUCACAGGAAAUAGAGUUGUGAGAUGGUGCCACACUUCUCAGAAGUCUGACAGCAGACAUCCUGCAGCACCAGGGAAGAUAACUGAGGCUGAUGCAAACUGCACAACAUAUCUUUCUGGCUAACAGAAAAACAGGCUCUCCUGGACCACAGCUCAUCUCACCUUACAGCAGAGGAAUGAACAUUCAGAUGACUAAAGUGCUACUUCUCUCUGCAAAGUUCUAUUUCCUUCUGCAAGUGCUUCCACAGACAAGGGUAUCAAAUGUGACAAAAUUCACUUUCAGAAACCAUGUGCAGAAACAAGCACUUCUGAGAAAUGAAUUACCUCGACUUAUGGUCAAUGCCCCAAAUACGCCAGAUAGAUCACCCCUUGGAAGUGUUUCUAUCAGCUGUGAAGUGUCUAGAGACUUGUCUCAGGUGCAGAUAUUUCUAUACAAAUGUUUUGAACUAGGGGAGAUAGUGCAGUCCUCAGCAACAGGUUUGGUUUGUGGGAUAUUAUAUAGGGUGGGGUCAUCCAAGGCAACAGUGUGUAUGAGAGACAGAAAGCACUGCUAAGACACCCAGCCUUUCUCAGUCUUGCCAAAAGUUCAGAGAAAUAUUGGUACAUUGGUAUCUUAUGUGAUUGGUAUCUUAUGUGAACAUGCACAGUCUUCUCUCCAGCUUCCCCCACGAUGAAUGGCACCCCAAAACCAGGAAAUACAUGGAACUGAGUUCACAGAAGGCAAAAAUCAAAACAGAUUCCUUCCUUGCCUCCUCAUGUUUAACUUCUUUUUGUGUGUGUGCCACCUCAGAGGGGCUGGCUUCUCUCAUUUCUAAUGCUCAUCCAUGCUAGUCCACUUAGCAGUUUAUUAUUUACAACAGGUUAUAACUCAUGUGUAGCAAAAUAAAUACCCAUUGCUUUUCCA